AAGUAAAACAGACGUUGCUCUGUGUCUACUCAUUGAAGAACAUUCUCUCUCUCUCUCUCUCUCUCUCAACUGUCCUCCUCCAGAACAAUUAACACACACCCAUAAACAAAUAUCAACAUAUAUACAUACAGAGAGAGAGAGAGAGAGAGAGAGAGAGAAUGGCGGGGGAAAGCAGUAGCAGUAGCAGUAGCAGUACGGAAAGGAAGCUUGAUCAGACGCCAGCAUGGGCGCUUGCUGGUUUGUGUGCAGUCAUGAUCAUCAUUUCCAUUUCCUUGGAGAAGACUCUCCACAAACUUGGAACGUGGUUUAGGGAAAGGCACAAGAAAGCUCUGAUUGAAGCUCUGGAGAAGGUUAAGUCUGAGUUGAUGGUUCUCGGAUUCAUUUCGCUACUCCUGACAUUUGGGCAGAAGUACAUUGCAAAAAUCUGUAUUCCCACCAAGGUUGCCGACACCAUGUUGCCCUGUCCUGCAACUGAAACUACCACUACCAGUACAGAAGGGGGGCAUCAAAGGAGGCUUUUAUGGUAUCAGCACCGAAUUCUAGCUGCUGCUGAUAGCAAUAUUUUCAAGUGCGAGGAUGGGAAGGUGCCACUUAUAUCUAUUGAAGGAAUGACUCAGUUACGCAUCCUCAUUUUCUUUUUAGCAGUCAUUCAUGUGUUAUACAGUGCUGUCACAAUGACGCUUGGUAGACUAAAGAUUCGUGGGUGGAAGCAGUGGGAGCAGGAGACUUUAUCCCCUAGAUAUGAGUUCUCCUAUGAUCCUUCAAGGUUCAGGCUUACUGAACAGACAUCUUUUGUGAGAAGACACAUUAGUUUCUGGACUAGGAUUCCAUUCUUCUUUUAUGUUGGAUGCUUCUUCCGACAAUUUUUCAAGUCUGUUAGUAAGUCUGACUACAUGACCUUGCGCAAUGGAUUCAUCAGUGUUCAUUUGGCUCCUGGAAGUAAAUUUGACUUCCAAAAAUAUAUCAAAAGGUCAUUAGAAAAUGACUUUAAGACAGUUGUGGGAGUCAGCCCGGUCUUAUGGGCAUCAUUUGUGAUUUUCUUGCUCCUGAACGUUCAUGGGUGGCUGGCAUGGUUUUGGGCAUCCUUAAUUCCUCUGAUUAUAAUCUUAGCUGUUGGAACAAAGCUCCAAGCUAUUUUGUGUAGGAUGGCCCUUGACAUCACUGAAAGACAUUCAGUGGUUCAAGGGAUUCCUCUUGUGCAAGGCUCAAACAAAUAUUUUUGGUUUGGUUCGCCACAGUUAGUUCUUCAUCUUAUCCACUUUGCUUUGUUUCAGAAUGCAUUCCAGAUAACAUAUUACUUGUGGAUAUUGUAUGAAUUUGGGAUGACAUCUUGCUUCCAUAAUAAUUUCAAGCUUGUAAUUUUAAAAUUUUGCUUAGGGAUUGGAGCUCUGUUCUUCUGCAGCUACAUUACACUUCCCCUCUAUGCCCUUAUAGCUCAGAUGGGCUCACGUAUGAAGAAAUCCAUCUUUGAUGAACAAACAUCCAAGGCCAUUAAGAAGUGGCACAUGGCUGCCAAGAAUAAGCAUGGGAAGGGAGGGAAGUCUCCUACCCAAACCCUGGGUGGAGGAAGCUCAACAACUGCUUCAAUGAAUUCAACCUUGCACUCCUCCGGAGCCACGCUCCACCGCUUCAAGACUAGUGGGCACUCAACCCGCUCAUUCACCCAUGAUGACCAUGAAACUUCUGAUUAUGAAGCCGAUCCAUCAACAGCCAACUUGAUUGUAACAGAUGAUCAUGAUGAUUCAGAGACUGAAAUGAGUGCACCCCACGUUGGUGAUGACAGUAGAAACAAAGACGAUUUCUCAUUUGUGAAGCCUGCUAUGAUGAAGUGAAGAAAGCGUAUGCUGUUGAUUCACUUCACCCACUGUCGUUCCGGUGAAUUCUUCAAUGUAUGUAUUUAUUCAGGAAAUGUUGUAAUUUGUUUUAUAAUAUGUUCCAACUUGUGCAGAGAUGUGAAUUCUUAAUUGUUGCUUUAUGAUCAUUAUGAACAACUGAAAGAUUGUAGGAAAAUAGAAAAUAGAAAAUAGAUACUAUUUAUAUGUAUACUGUUAAAUUUUGGUUUUUAUUGCAAGAAGUUAUUCCAAUGGGAAGGUUUCUCUA